CAAAAUCAUCCUCAUUAAUUCAAUUUCAAGAUCCUCCCAUCUCCACUCUGAUUUCCAAAACAAAGAAACUCGAAAGCCCCCAUCUUCAAUGGCGGCUCAUUCCAACAGAUCCCCCUCCCCACUCUCCUCCAGACCCCUCAAUCCAAACCCAAGAAACCCCGAAACCAAUUCAACAAUUCGCAGAAGCUUCAGUGGCAACAGACCCUCGCUUCUCACCAAUCAGAGACGCCUCGAUCCCUUCACUCCUGCUAAUAGCCCUUCAGAUUUUGGGGGUAGACGAUCUGUGGGUAAAUCUUGGGAAGAAAAAGAGAAUGAUGAAAAAGACUGCAUUUUGAAAGGUUCGAAACUGCCGUCGCCGGCCAAGGGCUGCAAGAAUUUCAUGGCUCCCACGAUUUCUGCAGCCUCGAAGUUCACUCCUUCUCCGAGGAAGAAGGUGCUGGUGGAGAGGAACGAGCCUAUUCGGACCUCCAUCUCGUUGACUAAUGGAAAAGCCCUCUUUUUCUCUAAUGAGAAUUUCUCCGACUCAAAUCUUGCUGGCUCCGAAAACAAGAAGGCUGCUGUUGUUGAGAGUCAUAAACCAGUUUCGAAGCCUUGCAAGAAGGUGUCGUUUUCGGAGAUUCCUUCAGAUUCUCAGCAUUCAGCUGAAUCAGUGAUUACUGAUUCUGAUGGUUUGAAUGUGGAAUCAAAGGUUGUUCAGCCUCCCAUUGCGCCACUUGAUGCUGAUCCUUCUCUCCUGCCGUAUGAUCCGAAAACCAACUACUUGUCGCCGAGGCCUCAGUUUAUUCGUUACAAGCCGAAUCCCAUAGUUGAGAUGCUUUUAAACAAGGAAACCGAGCUGGAUUCAGAUGAGGUUGAAUAUAGCUUAAUGGAAGAGAUGAUGAUGUCUGAGGGCUUUUCAGACUCUUGUGAGGCCUCGGCUGAUAUGGUGAUUGGAAUGGAUGAAGAGAUAGAAGCUGUUGAUCAUGUCUCCGAGCUGCCUUCUUUGGCGUUGCCGGUUAGUACAGCUGCAGCUGAGGAGAUCUUGGUGGAGGAAUUUGUUGGGAUUGAUGGGAAGAAGCCAAGGAGGGUGGGUAGAUUGAUGUGUUUCUCUAUGGUUCUGGUUUUGUUGGUAGCAGCUUGUGUGUCAGUUUCUGUGACACGUGCUCCUUUAUUUGAUCAGUCGUUGUUCAAGAAUGACCUGAGGUUAUCUGAUUUGAGUAGCAGCUUGUAUGAACAAUCAAGAGCUGUUGUUGCUUCUGCAAGAUCGAGUUUAGGCCGUGUAGCGGCCAGUUCUGUGGCUCUUGUGUUCGCGCUGGUUGAAGGCGAGAAACAAGCUCCCGUGCAGGUGCAGUUCAUGAACCUGUCUAGUCUGCAAGAGAAUGCUAGGAAGGAGGCGUAUUUUCUGAAACGAGUGGAGAGCAUUGAAGAAGAGGAAGAGUUUGAAAAUGAGUUGGAUACUGAAACAGAAGAAGCAGAUGAGGAGUUUGAUUGGGAGCUCGAUCUUGAAGAUGAAAUUGAUGCAGUUGAAGAGGAAGAACCAUAUGCAGAAGCUGAUGACUACAGUGAGGAAGCUGUGAAUCAAGAUACUAUUCCAGAUUCUGUGAUUCAAUCAGCUAUGAAUCAAGAAACUGAGGUGAUUCAAUCAGCUAUGUAUCAAGAAAUUGCUCCAGAUUCUGUAAUUCAAUCAGCUAUGAAUGAUGAAACUGAGGUGGAAGCUGCAACUGAAGUUGCAAUUGAUCAAUCAACUGCUGCUCAUCAGAGUGAAGAAACUGAAGUCGAAGUUGCAACGGAAACAGAGAUAUCACAAGGCGACAUCAGUAUUGGAGCAUCUGAUAAUGCUGACACAGAAUCAACAGGAAGUGUUAUGGCAGUGGGAAUAACUUGUUUCAUUGCAGGUGUAGUUGGGGUUGCGGCCUUGGUGUACAAGAUGAUUCCCAGAUCAUCGUCUAAAGUUAGUCGAAGUAACAAAACUAAGGCUAUGGAGGAAGAAAAGGAAGGUUGUUCAGAGAGUUGGGAAAUGAGCAGCAGCUACCCGAGGAGUGGUGGAGGAAAUGAAGUAGAGAGCUCGGAGAGGAAGGCCAGAAAGUAUUCGAAGUUGGCUUCUUCAUCAGAGUCACCUUCUUAUGGAAGCUUCACCACUUAUGAGAGAAUUCCCAUCAAGACUAAUGGGGGUGGAGAUGAUGAGAUUAUGACUCCUGUUAGGCGAUCAAGCAGGAUCAGGAAGCAGGUCACCAUUUCUACUUGAUGGUGUAGCGACUGUAGUAGAAGUAGUAGUAGAAAAACAAGCGUCUGAGGCACGUCUCUGAUGUGAAACGUAACAGACCAGUCUAGUUCUGAUUAGUGUUCUUGUAUUGUGAAUGACUUAGUUUGCAACAUUUCUUCUAAUGAGUGGAGUGCCUUCAUGUUUGCAACAUUUGCAGUUUCUGUGUGUUUAAUACAAACUUAAUCGCCCGAUUUUUAUCU